CUACUUAAAGGAACGUAACAGAAUUGGAUGCGUCAGGUGAAUUUUGCAGAGAAUGCGGCAUUGUUCACGAAGAAGUAGCUAGGGACAGGGCGUUUUUUUGUGGACAGCAUGAUGGAUAGCUAAGGCCUGAGUGAGAGGAGACAGAAGGUUUUUUUCUCUCAAGAUGUGGCCGGCGAGAAUUCUAUUCAUUGUUCUGGGACUUCAGUUGAGCCAGGCAUUGGAGUCACUGAACAAACAAGAAAAGCUCACAGUGAACAGGUCACAGAAACGUCCAAACUUUGUCAUCCUAUUUGCUGAUGACAUUGGUUAUGGCGAUCUGGGCGCUAACAGGGAGUCUCCAGCUGAGUCUGACACACCCUUCAUGGACCAACUAGCUUCUAAAGGAACAAGAUUUACAGACUUCCAUGCUGGUGCAUCGGUCUGCACACCAUCCCGUGCUGCUCUCCUGACAGGCAGGCUCGGAAAACGAACCGGGGUAGUCAAGAACUUCUCCCUUGGGUCUGAAGGCGGACUCCCUCUCAAUGAAACCACAUUUGCAGAAACCUUCAAGGCUGCAGGGUACCAGACCGGCAUGAUCGGGAAAUGGCAUUUGGGACAUACUGGACCAUUCCUUCCGAGCAACAGGGGUUUUGAUUCCUAUUAUGGGAUAAUCGCUAGCGCAGACAUGGGAUGUGCUGAUGAUCCAGGCUACAACGUACCGACGUGUCCAAAAUGCUCCAAUGGUUCAAUUCAAGAUUCACAUCCAGAUUGUGUUAAUCAGGUCGGUGUUCCACUGUACGAGAAUUCCACCAUUGUUGAACAGCCGUCCAAUCUCGUGACCCUUGCAUCGCGUUACGUCCAGCACGCAAGGGACUUCAUCAAAAAAAGUGUGAACGACGCAUCACCAUUUGUCCUCUACGUUGCUUUUGCUCAUACACACGUACCUCUCCAGACCGACCCUAAGUUCUCCAACCUAUCCUGUAGAGGGCCUUUCGGUGACGUGUUGCGUGAGCUGGACAACACGGUGGCCGGGAUCAUGACGAGUAUACAAGAUGCUGGCAUUGAGACGGACACAUUGGUGUGGUUCACAGGUGACAAUGGUCCCUGGGCUGUGAAGUGUCAGUAUGCAGGAGACAGUGGCCCGUUCCUUGGUCUUUGGCAAAAACAAAAAGGAGGAGGUGGUAGCACAGCCAAGCAGACGGUCUGGGAAGCGGGUCACCGAGAGCCGACCUUUGUCUACUGGCCCGGUCACGUACCCGCUGGUCGUGUCUCGGACUCCUUACUCAGUGCCUUGGAUAUCUAUCCCACCAUUGCAUCUAUAGCUGGUAUCCCGCUGCCUAAGUAUCGUAGCUAUGAUGGAAUGGACAUUAGCCAAGUUCUCUACGGGAAGUCACUUUAUAACAGGAUGCUUUUCCAUCCAACAAAUGUUAGAUUGGCACCGCAGGGUGAGUUUGAUGCAAUACGCAGCGGUUCAUACAAGGCAGUUUAUCGGACAGGUGGAGCGCAGCAGUGUGGUGGUCUGGAAGGUCCAAUCUUGAGUCACAACCCUCCGCUUCUCUUCAACGUUCGUAAAGACCCACAAGAGAGCAUUCCGCUAGAUACCAGUAACAGGCAGUACUCAGACGUCCUGGCCGGUAUUGAAGCAAGUCGCAAGUUAUUCGACAAAGACUUGCGGAGGGACAACACCACCGUUGCUGAUUACAGAUCGAGUAAAAAGUUCUUGCCGUGCUGCAACUCCAAAGAUGUACAAUGCCGCUGUACCUGGCAAUAGAACAUCGGAUUGAAACGCUCCGUGUUUCAUCUGGCCCGAGAAAAUAUAUGUGCCAUCAACUCAACUACUGCGCAGAUGGCAGGUAAGAACUAGUCUUGACCCAAGGUGUCAGCGAUCAAUUAGCAUAAAGUGCAGUACAUACUACACAUGCAGUACUGAUCAUUGACGCCUUGGGGCAAGACUAUUCAAGAUCUCACAAAGAUGUAAGCUUGAUCUUAACUAAAUAUAAAUCUUACUAAGCAGAGUGUGAUGUCAUAAGUCAUUCAAUUUUAUAUUUGAUAGGGCAACAGCAUGUUUGUUUUUGCAAAGGGCAAAUGCUUUAGGAAAAUAGUAAGAUGAACUUGAUAGAUGUAGCACCAGGGCCAGACUCAUGGGCAAUAUACUUAUGUCACCAAGCCCCAAUCUUGUUUCUCUUUCAUACAAAUCACUGUAACCAAACUGAGGCUGGAAGGAAAGAUAGCCUGGCACCCCUGAGUUAUACGAGAAAAAUAGAACUAUUUUUGCCAUUAGGUCUUCACUCU